AUGGAUUUAGUUGAGAGACAAUCUUACAUUACUUUGGCAACAAACGAUGAAUAUGCCAUUGGUGCCUUAGUUCUUGGACAGUCGCUUAGACUUUCUAAAACGGAUAAAGAGUUAACAAUCCUCAUUACGGAUGGAGUUCCGCAUAAUUUUAGAGUUCUUCUAAGGGACGUCUUUGACAACAUAGUUCUGGUUAAAUCACUUCAUUCCAGAGAGGAAGGAAACCUGAAUUUACUUAGACGUCCGGAUUUGGGCAUAACAUACACCAAGCUUUAUUGUUGGAAGUUGAUCGAAUUUUCCAAAUGUGUAUUUCUUGACGCGGAUACAAUUGUUCUUCAAAACAUUGACGAGCUCUUUCAACGUGAGGAAGUAAGCGCAGCUCCGGAUGCUAGUUGGCCAGACGUCUUCAACUCAGGUGUCUUUGUCUACCGCCCAAGUCUUGAAACAUUCGACAAAUUGUCUCUUCUAGCCAAAACCAGGGGUAGUUUCGAUGGAGGUGAUCAGAUGCCACCUCAAGCCGGCUAUUCCAUCUACAACUUCAACAAGGAUUUGUUGUUCGUUCCAUCCUGUUACAAGUCCUCAGAACCAUUUGAGGUGUCAUUGUUGUCGCAGAUUGAUGCAUCGUUGGUGUCUGUGGAUUUGCGUUCCAUGGAUCAACCAAGGUGA